UUGAAGCAGUCUUUGGUGCAGUGUGACCUUCCCCUUUGCAACACACACUUUUUUAGUAUGGGAUCUUUGAUCUGACGAGGCCUUUGGCCUGCUGUCAAACAAGAGAUGAAAUGUCGGGGAACCUGGCUAAAAUCCUGUUGCUGCUGCGUGAAUCUGCGGGCGGGAUGCUUUUUCAUAGCGCUUUUCGAGAUUUUCGCAUCGUUCCUGGGGCUCUUUGUUGGCGAAGAUGGUCGUCUGUUAUUAAUUGCCCGAGUUGCCUAUAUGGUGCACUUUCUUGGAGCGAUUUUUCUGAUGAUGAGCAGUAUCUUGCAGAUCGAAUUUCUGGUGAUCAUCUAUCUGGUAACAGAUAUAAUCCACCUGAUCUUUUGUAGCGCCUUUAUAAUCGAUUACGCAUUAAGUUGUAGCUUCUGCACUUUUGAAUCGAUUCCGAUAUUCUUCACCCUAGCUUUUAGCCUUUAUUUUUGGAUAGUGGCAUUUUUCUAUUGGCGACGCCUUCUCUGGGAACACAAUCCCGAAAACGACGACUAAGGCGAAGGGGUAUCGUUAAUUCUGGAUCUUGAGUGUUUAUUCUGCGCUUUUUUUGUUGCUUUAGCGCUAUGUACUUUUUCUGUUUUGGCCUUAAUUUCACACUAAUUUGUAAAUUUGCCUUUAAUGCCAAAGACAAAGAGAAAAACGAAAAGAGCAAAGUUCCGCAAAUUGUUUGUACAGAGAAAUAUAUUUUGUAUUCACUACGAUGGAAGCAGUAAAUGAAUUGCAGGCAAUCGGAAUUGCAGAAGGGAAUACUACUAUUCCACUGUUUUCCUUCUCGAAGGAGUGGAAACCCAAUCACUUCAUUCCCGGGCAAUUUUCAAUCACGUGCUAAGUGCUGCCAGACAGAAAAGAGUCGAUUUGUCUGCCCUGCCACGUUAGCAUGCAAUGCAAGUCGAGAGGGGAAACUCGGAAAAUUGGAGGAAAAACUGGAGCUGAUUUGUGUGCUGCAUAAUUUUCCGUGCCACAAAAGUAGCGGGGGUCGAGGGACGAGGGUGCCCAUCAAGUGGCAAAACUAUUUGCCCUAUCACGUACAAAUUAAAAAUGUGAAAUGUUUCAAUUUCUGUCUCGGGUCUCGGGGAUUGCCUCACACAAAACAAAAACAACGGCGAGCUCCACUUCAACUUCGAUUGUGGAUCCCCCGCUCCUCUGUGAGCCCCACCAUCCGUUGGUUUAUGUAAAUUCAUUUGCGGUGACUGCUUUGGCGCCCAAUUAGUUUAAUUUAUGCAAAUACAGCGCGGGCCACUGACAGUGCGUGGCAAAAAUAUAAGUCAACGGAUGUGGAGAGCCUGCGGUGCUCAUAAUCGAUAAUCGGGCGAUUGGUUAAUUUAAAGGCCGAAAGUGUUCAAUGUACCACUCGAAAAUGCAAUUAAUCGAUUAUGGAGAACCGUUUAAUUUGGGAAAAUCGAUAUUGUGAAUGAGCGAUAAUAUUUUGUACGAAAGUCAGUCAUAUUGAAAACGUGCUGUACAUUCUUCUGCUUACUUCGUAUUAAAAACGUUUUCCCACAAGUUACAUUCACUGAUAUGGUUUUAGCCUUAUAUUUCUGUUACCAACUGUCUCUCUAUGAUACUCAUAUCUCGAGGCCCGCUAAAUUUAGACGUGUCUCCAAGCAGCUCCCUCGACGAAUUUAAUGGUUUUCAUGUUUGUCGACGUUUUGCCGGUCAAACGUUGCUCUGCUUUGAUUGGAACUAAUCUCAUUUUGGUCGUUUUGACCACAACAUCACAAUCUUCAACUUCAUUUGCAUCGAGAGAUCGGCGCUUCUCUGGGUCAGCUCUUUCUUCCGAUGGGUUUGGCCUCCAAGCAAAUGUCACAGCUGCGAUGGCAAUUGAUCGAUAAAUUGCCAAAUUCUGGGCGCCGCCAAUUGCGAGUCUAUCUUUUCUGUUUUAAGUUCCCAGUACCUGUCCGUGCGAUUCUUCCAAGCGCUUCAAAUUGUCGUUGAGAUUUGUACAUUUGAUAAUUUGAUUGCGAUUGCUAUUGCUAUGUUAUUUGUUGCCUUUUGGAACGACCACACCUCUCAAUAAAUUAGACACUGCCCAAAAUGCGCGACCAAUGCAAAAAAAAAAAAAAUAAUAAUAAUAAUGGCAAAUGUAAAUAGACGAGCGACGUACACAGUUUUCGUGCAAUAGCCGCUUCUCACGUUUUUCCCAUAAACAACUGGCUGUGGGCCACAGCCCUGCCCCUCUUCUCACCUGCAUUUCGGUUUUAAAUAUAAAAAGCAAUAAAUGUGUAUUUCUUUGUUUGGAGCUGCUGCUGCUUCUGGUUAUUGAUUAAGUCUGGCCGCCCUCCUUCUUGGGCCACGCCCCUUCAUUUGAUUGAACUUUUCCCUAAGCGAGGUAGAUAUUGGAAAACUGCAGUAGACCAAACAAAGAUAAAUCAAUGCAAAAAGCAGCAGAUUGGACUUGGUAAAAAAUAGCACUUCAAAUGGCAAAGUUGGCACCGCAAGCGUCGAAUCAAUAUCGAAAUGAGUUUUCAUCCCGCGCCGAAAAGGCAAAUCACAUUAAAUA